AUGAUCGGUGUCCGUUUUUCUGUUUUCUACUAAGUGUAUAAAUACAUCAUAUUAUCAAACUAAUUGAAACCAAGUACAACACAUUCCAUACAAUGGAUGGUAUGAUGGGAAAUCUGAGCGGACGAUUCAAGCAGCUGCAGAAUGUGGAGGGGAAGCGCAUGGCCAUUAAGCUGCUCGGAUUCUAUGCGAUGGGCUGGACGCUGCGCAAGCUUAUCAAAUGAGUGGAUCUAUGUCACUAAUCACGUUUCUAAAUUUCGUGUGUUAUGAAACAAUAAUAAUAAUGCUUACAUCAAAAUCACAUGUGCA